GUUUCGUUAAAUGUGUUGAACCGCAAACCUGAGGUCAUAACCAGAUGAAUCGUGAUAUUUCCAAUAUGUUUGAAUGCACCACCGUCUGUUCUCGCGACAGAGCGCACUAACCCGGGCGCCUUGUAAACGCGGGUGUCUGAGAAGCUAACCACUGUUCAGACUGACGAACCGGUGUGUCUUUCAUCGUACGAGAUUAAAGGAUUUUUCUAUACUCGGAACGACUUCUCUAAGAAAAAAAAAUCACCGUACAUCAACUGGAUAGCACAAGAAACCCAUUUAAGGCUCGUAUAUCUGCGUUGGGCAGGGAAUUUAGUUGAAAAUGUCCGAUAUCCUAAACUGCGUGGAACAGCGGGAAGAGAUGACUGAACUUGAAGAAACCGGAGGGGCAGAGGAGAAGUCUGAUUCUUCAGAUGCUGGAAAAGAGUCCUCUUCAGAUGCUGGCCCAGACGGUCAAGAUGCAUCCCCCUCCUCUUCAAAAUCAAAAGACUCUGCUCCUGGCUAUGAAGAGAAAGUUCAAACAGAUCGGACCAACAGAUUUGAGUACCUGUUGAAGCAAACAGAACUGUUUGCUCAUUUCAUCCAACCAGCUGCACAGAAGACCCCUACCUCUCCACUCAAGAUGAAGCCUGGACGUCCUCGUAUCAAGAAAGAUGAGAAACAGAACCUGUUGUCAGCUGGCGACAACCGCCAUCGCCGCACAGAGCAAGAGGAGGACGAGGAGCUUCUAAAUGAGAGCACCAAGACUACAAAUGUCUGCACUAGAUUUGACGAUUCUCCUUCUUAUGUGAAGACAGGAAAGAUGAGGGACUAUCAGGUCCGUGGUUUGAACUGGCUCAUCUCUCUGUACGAAAACGGCAUCAAUGGUAUUCUUGCAGAUGAAAUGGGUUUGGGAAAGACCCUCCAGACCAUUGCUCUUCUUGGUUACAUGAAGCACUACAGGAACAUCCCUGGCCCCCACAUGGUGCUGGUGCCUAAGUCCACACUUUACAACUGGAUGAAUGAAUUCAAACGAUGGGUGCCUUCCCUCCGAGCCGUCUGCCUGAUUGGAGAUCGAGAUGAAAGGACUGCCCUGAUCAGAGACGUGCUCCUGCCCGGAGAGUGGGACGUCUGUGUGACAUCAUACGAGAUGCUCAUCAUUGAAAAGGCAGUGUUUAAGAAAUUCAACUGGAGGUACCUGGUUAUUGAUGAAGCCCACAGGAUCAAGAAUGAAAAAUCCAAGCUGUCAGAAAUUGUGCGAGAAUUCAAGACCACCAAUCGUCUGCUACUGACUGGAACACCUCUCCAAAACAACCUCCAUGAACUGUGGGCUCUGCUCAACUUUCUGCUGCCUGAUGUCUUUAACUCAGCAGAGGACUUUGACUCCUGGUUUGACACCAACAACUGCUUGGGCGACACAAAGUUGGUUGAACGUCUUCACACUGUUUUGCGUCCUUUCUUGCUCCGACGUAUUAAAGCUGAUGUGGAAAAGACCCUGCUUCCAAAAAAAGAGAUCAAGAUGUAUGUGGGUCUGAGCAAGAUGCAGCGGGAGUGGUACACAAAGAUUCUGAUGAAGGACAUUGACAUCCUCAACUCGGCUGGUAAAAUGGACAAGAUGCGUCUGUUGAACGUCCUCAUGCAGCUGAGAAAGUGCUGCAACCAUCCUUAUCUGUUUGAUGGCGCCGAGCCGGGGCCUCCAUACACAACUGACCUCCACCUGGUGGUGAACAGUGGGAAGAUGGUGGUGCUGGACAAACUGCUGCCCAAGAUGAAACAACAAGGUUCCCGUGUGCUCAUCUUCAGUCAGAUGACCAGGGUGCUGGACAUCUUAGAGGACUACUGCAUGUGGAGGAACUAUGGCUACUGUCGACUGGAUGGUCAGACACCUCAUGAAGAACGACAGAUCUCCAUCAAUGCAUACAAUGAGCCCAACAGCAGUAAGUUCAUCUUCAUGUUGAGCACCAGAGCUGGUGGACUGGGUAUCAACCUGGCUACAGCUGAUGUCGUCAUCCUCUACGACUCUGACUGGAACCCACAGGUUGAUCUGCAGGCCAUGGAUCGAGCUCACAGGAUUGGUCAGCAGAAGCAGGUGCGUGUCUUCCGCUUCAUCACCGAAAACACGGUGGAGGAACGCAUCGUAGAGAGAGCUGAGAUGAAACUACGUCUGGACUCCAUUGUCAUUCAGCAGGGACGUCUGGUUGAUCCAAGCGCCAACAAACUAGGGAAGGACGAAAUGUUGUCCAUCAUCAGGCACGGUGCCACGCAUGUGUUCGCCUCCAAAGAGAGCGAGAUCACAGACGAUGACAUUGAUGCUAUCCUGGAAAGGGGGGAGAGAAAGACCAUGGAGAUGAAGGAGAAGCUGUCUACACUGGGCGAGAGCACCCUGAGGAACUUCACCAUGGACACAGAGAACAGCAGCGUGUACACGUUUGAGGGGGAAGACUACAGAGAAAAGAAGAAGGUUAUUACCAACUGGAUCGAGCCACCCAAGAGAGAAAGGAAAGCCAACUACGCGGUGGAUGCCUACUUCAGAGAAGCUCUGCGUGUCAGUGAACCCAAGGCACCCAAGGCUCCUCGUCCUCCAAAGCAGCCGAACGUGCAGGACUUCCAGUUCUUCCCUCCACGGCUCUUUGAGCUCCUAGAAAAAGAGAUUCUUUUCUAUAGAAAAACCAUAGGCUACAAGGUUCCUCGUAACCCAGACGUGUCAAACUCGGCUCAGGUGCAGAAGGAGGAGCAGGGUAAGAUUGAUGAGGCCGAGGCUCUGACGGAGGAAGAGCUGGAGGAGAAGGAGAACCUGCUACAACAGGGUUUUACUAUUUGGAACAAGCGUGACUUCAACCAGUUCAUCAAAGCCAAUGAGAAGUGGGGCAGAGAUGAUAUCGAGAACAUUGCCAGAGAAGUGGAAGGAAAAACACCAGAAGAAGUCAUGGAAUAUUCUGCUGUGUUCUGGGAGCGCUGUAAUGAGCUGCAGGACAUUGAGAAGAUCAUGGCCCAGAUAGAGAGAGGAGAGGCCAGGAUUCAGAGGAGGAUUAGCAUCAAGAAAGCACUUGACUCAAAGAUUGGUCGUUAUAAGGCUCCUUUCCAUCAGCUUCGCAUUUCUUACGGCACCAACAAAGGCAAGAACUACACAGAGGAGGAAGAUCGCUUCCUCAUCUGUAUGCUUCACAAGCUGGGCUUCGACAAGGAGAGCGUUUACGAUGAGCUGCGUCAGUGCAUCCGUAACUCGCCUCAGUUCCGCUUCGACUGGUUCCUCAAGUCCAGGACUGCGAUGGAGCUUCAGAGGCGAUGCAACACACUGAUCACACUAAUAGAGAGAGAGAACAUGGAGCUGGAGGAGAGAGAGAAGGCAGAGAAGAAGAAGAGGGGCCCAAAGACCAGCUCAGCUCAGAAACGAAAGCCAGAGGGAACCCCAGAAGGGCGAGGACGCAAGAAAAAACUCAAGUUGUGAAGCGGCUUACAGCCCAUGUUGUCAGAUCUGGUCUUGUUAGUUCUAGUGUCUGUGUUUGUUGAGCAGGCCGUGGUUUUAAAAUAAAAAAUACUCUGUAAAUCU